AGAGGUGAUGAAAAUCAUGUCGUUCUUCCACCAAUUGAGAGCCAGCCCGCCUCACGCGUGUAGACAGAACGGGCACUUCGUCGCAGAACAUAUAUCUCUGCCAACAAACGUGUGUUUAGACUGUUCUCGUAUCAUAUAGCUGGUAAGAUUUUUCGAAAGUGCAAGCUUGAGGAUUGUGUAUUGCCAGUGACCGCGUCAGCUUUCAAAAUAUGACAAAAUUGACGUCUCCCCUUGUUGUUGGCCUUGCAGGUGUAGGACAUGUCGCAGCGAAGACAGGUAUCCAUGGGUUUACGCAAGUUUUUACCUUCGGCGAUAGCUAUACAGCGAACCACUUUAGCGCAUCUGGAACGCAGCCCAAUGUGUCUAAUCCUAUAGGAAAUCCAGCGUACCCUGGAAGCACAACCUCUGGAGGACCUAAUUGGAUUGAUUAUCUUGUCGCGAAGUACAACGACUCUUUGGCGUACGCUUACGACUUCGCUGUUGCAGGUGCAACAGUAGACUCUGUCAUUGUGCCACCCUAUCAAUCUUCGGUCAAGUCAUUCGUGCAGCAGGUGGCUCUCUUUGAGCAAUACUACGGCUCCGGUGGAGUUUAUGAAGACGUAUGGACGGCGGAAAACUCGCUGUUCGCCAGCUGGUUCGGCAUCAAUGACGUUUUAAACGGCUACUAUGCUUCAAAUUGGUCGACAGUGGCCCCACAAAUAAUUCACCAGUAUUUUCAUCAGGUCCAGCUUGUGCACGACGCAGGCGCUCGCUCAUUUGUGGUUUUCAUGGUGCCACCUAUCGAACGCUCGCCAGAGGGACUUUCAAACGGUACACUACCAGGGGCUAAACUUGGUGAAGUGGUGCACAACUUCAACAAUCUUCUCCAAGCCAGCUUGUCAGAGUUCAGGCACGCUAACAAGGAUGCGAAGGUGUGGCUUCUCAAUAGUACAUCUAUUUUCAACAUCGCUCUUGAUAAUCCCACUGCUUAUGGAGCUAAAGAUGCGACAUGUUAUGCAAGCGACGGGACUACAUGUCUAUGGUAUAACGAUCUGCAUCCUGGUUUAGCUAUACACAAGCUUGUGGCGCAAGGGGUUAAAAAUGUCACAGAACCCUAGACGAGACGAGGGAAAGAGGUGACCAUAGGCAUCAUUUCUGAAAAAGAUGUUACAUGCUUGCGCCGACCUCUUUGAAAAUGGCUAUUCGGGCAUAUGCUCUUAGGCCAGUAAAACCAAAAGAGACUGCAACGGAAAGAGCUCGACUUGAACAUGGCUUGGUUAUUUUGCCACAGUA